AUGCUCUUCAAAUACAUCCUCUACACUUUUCUCUCGGCAAGUUCAGCAGUAGCCAGCCUGGCGCUCGGCACCUUCAACGAUGGCGUACAACAAGUACCGAUUGGCGACGAGCUUGACGAACGGGAGACCCUUACUUUCACUUUCACAACCACAAGGACAAGAUUAGAGUUUGAGUCCCAUACCAAGACAAGAACAAGAGAAUAUGUUGCCACUGCAACGGUGGAACCCACGGCGAAAGCACAACCUACUCCUGCUAUGAGAAACUUUCCCCUGGCUGCGAAGAUGCUGCAGGCAAAGGAGAGACAGAAUACGUGUGAUGAGACGGCCUGUGCGGUGUGCAUGUGGUACUUUCAGUGUGGAAGGGGUACUCCUGAAUGUUUUCAAUGCGACACCAAGCCGUACUGCGAAUGUGGCGAGCCCUGA